GGGGCCCCCGGCGUCCGGCUGCGCGGCCCUCGGCGUGCGCUGCUUCUGCGCGCGACCUUCCGCCUCCGAGCCGGGCCGGGCUGCGGCGCUGCAAUCCCUGCUGACGCCGCCGCCGCCUCGGCUCGCCGCUUCCCAUUCGUCCGCGCCGCUUCUCCAGCCCCCUCCCCGCCGCCUCGUCCUUUGUACUUUCUUUCACGUGUUCCGGGCGGGCGGGCGAGGGUCGGUCCGGGCAGGGGAAGAGGAGCGGGCGGGCGGCUUCUCCCGGCAAGGCGCGAAGGGCCCCGCGGGCCGUGCGUGCGGCCCCCGCCCCGUGGCGCGAGGAUGGCCGAGAGGAAGAGGAUCUGGAACACGGAGGACGACCUGCCGGUCUACCUGGCGCGGCCGGGCACCACGGCGCAGACGCCCCGCCAGAAGUACGGCGGCAUGUUCGCCUCGGUGGAGGGCGCCUACGAGAACAAGACCAUCGACUUCGACGCCUACAGCGUGGGCCGCAAGGGCUCGCGCACCCCGCGCAGCGGCAGCCGCCACGACCUGCUGGACGGCGCCGGCGGAGACAGCUACAGCGAGACGGCCAGCGACGUCAGCGAGAUCUCGGGCUCGGUGGUCAGCUCGCCCAGCGGCGACAGGGAGGCCCGCGCGCCCGGCGUCGAGAUCCGCUACCCGGCCGGCAAGGAGCCGCUGCGCGGCGCCCACAAUGGCAAGGUAAGCGCGGGGCUCCCCAGGCCCAGCAGGCGCCGCCCGCCCCAGUCGCGGCUCCCCCUGCAGGGCUCGCUGCGGAAGCGGGGAGGAGACCCGCACCAGGCCCGGCAGCCAGGCCAAGCCAGCGCCCGAGGAGGAGAGCGGGGAGCGGCGGGCUGGGUUCUCCGGGGCUGCAGUUGAGUUCUCGGGGGUGUCUCUCGAGGAGGAAUGCGGGGGGAAAUGCGGGCAUCGCGCUCUCUCCCGCUCAUCAAACGUAACUUGGCCCUUGGCUAGCAUGUCAUGAAUAUACGGCAAAAAGUGUUUCCCCGCUGAAAUCUGAUUUUAAUUGCUUCUCUCUCUAGCUGUCGUCUCAUAACCAAAGGUCUCUGAGUGACAGUCAAAGCAAUUCAGCAUGCAAAUUCAAUAAAACCCAUAGUGCCCACUAAUACAAAACAGCCCUAUCUUAAUGAUGGACCACAUCAGAGAGGUCUAGAGGGGGGUCUUGCCAUCUGGACAGCCAGGACCUCCAUAUACACACUGCCCAGGCUUGCAUCAAGGGGAGGUCGCUUCCGUGCUGCUAAUGCAUGGUUUUGACUUCACCCUUGGAGCUGCAGUCCAUUCUCUCUCAAGAUAGGAUGUCAACAGCCAAGGACAGCCAACAAUCCCCUUCCUUUGCAAGUCUGGAAGAAAGCUAUUCAGCGGAGGCUGCUCAGCUAGGGCAGUCAGAUGUGCAUGCAGGUGCUAAGAACUUGUGUGCAAAUUCUCUGAAUAUGAAUGCCCUAUGGUUGAAGUGUGUCAGUAUCAGUUUCUCUUUUCAUGAUUACUUACAUCAACUUAUCCCUGCCAUACAUGUGUGUUGGGGAACUGUCUCUUUUAACACACUGUAUCUUACCUCUGUGGCUAACACUUUAGGUAGUAGCUCAAGCAGUUGCAGGCCCUGCAAAUUCAAGAAUUUUUGAAUUCUAUAAAGUCAGACAGUCUUCAUCUGGAGUUCUGGUUGUGCAGUUCCAGCUUUUCUGAGCUCAUCAAUGGGCAAUGGCUUCUCUGUGCUUUGCUUGACCUUUCUUUCAGAAAAGCUGAGCAGUUAGCUAAUUUCUAUUUGGAGUCACUGGAGCAUCACAACACUCAGUCAAGUUUGGUUAUGGGGGUUGCGAGUGGGUGGGGGGGACAAUGACUAAUGAGCUGAUCAAGAAACCCGUCUGGAUUGGCUGCCUAGUAACCUUUUGUUAAGGAAGAACAUCUAGCGUUUAGCUGUCAUGGCAUGCAAGACUUGGGAAGGUUAGUUCACAUACCCUAAUAUCAUUCGUAUGCAUCCAGAUAUUUACAGUUAUCUCCUCCCCCAAAUGAAAAAUCAAGCGUCUUUCAAGGAUUUGAUCAGAAAUGGAAGCUGUUGAAAGAAUGGCAUUGUUUUAUUAUUGUACAAGAAAACUUGCUAGUGAUUUGUGACCUGCCGACAUCUGUAUGUCUUCAGCUGUGCAUUGCAAUGAACACUGGAGAAAGGGAAGACUGUAAAAUUGUAGCAAAACCUUUUGAGCAAGGUCAUUAUUGGAAUUCUUCCAGAUAUUGAAGCCUUCAGAAAUGUAUCACUUUUUCAAGGCCAUAAUUUGUUCUUGGCAUGCGGGAAAUUAAAGGGAAAGAUGUUUGCCACUAUCCCUACUGAAACCCAUUGUGACUGCAGUUAGCCAAGCUUAUAACAGUCCAAACAUCCCAUAACAUGCUCACCAAACAGGGCUGGUUGGACUUGCCUGCCAUUGCCAUGCACCAUGAUCCACCCUCUAAAUAUCCAGGAUCUGUUUCUUCACAAUAUUACAGACCCACUGAAAUUAAUGGACCUAAAUUAAUCAUGUCCACCAACUUGAAUGGGUCUAGUCUGAGUAGGACUAGCACUGGAUACAAUCCUUUGCGUAGGAUAAUGAAGAACGUAAUUCUGUUUGGGCAUUCCACAUCCCUCAGGCAGUAAGGGAAAGCAGGGAUGGGCAUGUUAGCUCUGGGCCCUUGUUGCCUUCCACAAGUUGGAGCAAUAAUUUCAGGAGCAGGACCCUACUCUAUCCAUAUAUGCUUUCCCUUUCCUGAUUUAGAACCCUAGAAAAAUCAGGGUUCUAGAUUUAAGAUAACCAACCUGAUGCUAUGAAAAUAUGGGAGGAAGAAAAACUGAACUGAGUUAAUACUGAGGCCAAAGUACUAAUUUUCAGAGAUGUCUUGAAGCUGGCUAUUAGAAACUGCACAGAACUGUGUUUUAAGAAGUGAAUGGCAUGGGAGAGAGUUUGUCUCCCUCCUAUAUGAAAUUGUCAUCAGUGAGCAUCAUAUUGCUAGGAAAGUCACAGAGAAGCAGUCUUCAACUGAUGUUUAGCUGCAACCAUCAUGACACAUACACGCUAGUUACAUGUAUGCUCCGCAUGUGUCUCCUCAGCCCCAUUGUUGUUGCCCAUCAUUUGAAAUGUGGUUUUGAAGAAAACAUGUGCCAGUUUACUUGGUUCUCAUAGUUAUAUCAAUUUUAUUUGUGUGUAUACGCCUUCCAGUAACUUGGUUCUGUGUGCUCAAAAGGGCAGCUUAAAAGCUCUUGCAGACAGAGGAUGGCCUGUUUAGCUCUCCUUUGGUGGAACCAGCUGAAAAGGCGGGUGGCUGUCCUGUUCCUUCGGAUGCCCAGAGACCGUUGAGGAGGUUGAAGGGGGCAUAUCUGCCUCUGAUUUCCCCUCCAGUCCAAUGUCUGGUCAAACUGGUUUCGCAGGGAUGUGAAGCACCCCAGAACAAUAUGGGGUGAUGAUGACAGAAGCUGAGAAUAGCACCAGCCUCUUCCCCACCUUUCAGGGCCGGCCACUCCAAGUCAGAUCUAGCAGAUCCUGAAGCUGGUCUUUCUUUUUCCCCUCCCCCGCUUGUUCCCGAGGAAGCUCUUCGCGCCCCUGUUCUUCCCCGACGGGGAGGCGCCAUUUUGGGGUUCGCCUCCGGGGCCCCCGUGCCCUGACCAUGUCCCCCUCUCGGGCAAAGGGCGCUUCCUUCCUCUGCGGCCAGAGCGAGCAGCGGAAGGAUUCUGGGCGGGCUCCGUCCUGCACCUGACAGGACUCUUGGGGGGCUGGGACACAGUGGCGGCGCCCGCUCUGGGCCAGGCCCUCCCGGGGCCCUUUUCUCCGGCCGGGGGCCGAGCGGGAGGCGGCGUUUUCCGGCGCGAGAGGCAGGCCGGCCGGCUCCGAGGAGGCGCUUCCUGGGUGGGGAAGCGGCCUUGGCAGCUGCAGCCCCCACAGCCGCCUCUAGACGGAGCUCGUCCUCCCCCAGUCCCGGGGGGGGGGGGGAGAGCCUCUCCCUCGAUCCGCCGCCGCGCCCCUCCUGCCUGCCCGCCUGCCUGCCUGGCGACUCCUCGGCCGGCGCCGCCGCGCUUUGUUGUGCCGCCGCCGCCGGGCGCGCCCCUCUCCGCAGCCGGAGGCAUGUCGGGCCACCAAGGCAAAAAGAGCAUCCCGCGCAUCACGGUGAGCAGCAGGCGCGGCGCCUCCGCGCGCGGAAGACUCCCUUUGUCCGCUGGGGGGGGGGGUCGCCCAGGGGGCCAACGCCGCGUGUGCCGCCCUGAGGGCUGGGCGCGGGGAGGGCGGCUUCCCCUGGGGCCGCGACGGGGCAGCAGCGCCGCUUCCCGGCUGCAGAGGCGCGGAGCCAGGCGGGCCAGGCAGAACAAAAGAGCGCGGGGAGCCGGGCGCGCGCCUGCAGGGCGCCCGGGCAAGGGGGCAGCCGCCCCCGCCAGGCUGAGCACCUACCGGGGGAGGGGGGGUGUGGAUCGGGGCGGGUGUCUCCAGAAGAGGAUCCCACGGCGGGGUUUCCCAAGGGGGCUUAAGGACAGAAGCAGCGCUGCUAAGAGCUCUGUGGGAGCUUUGAUGUCCAUCGUGGAGGCGCCCUUGGUUUUCCGAAGCGGAGCAGCCAGCCCCACAUCUCCCCAUGCAAAAGGCAUUGGGGGCGCUUCCCUCGGCGCCCAGCCGCGAUAGAGGGAAACGGGAGCUAUGUGCUUCUUUCCUCGCGCAGCGCCGGCGCCGGCCUCCGCCAAUUGCCACGAGGCUGUCAAGAGGUGCGCGGCAUAUUCCUGCCACAUGCUUCCUUGGAAGCCAGUCCCAUUGUGUUCAACGGGGCUCACUCCCUGUAAGUGUGAUUAGGGUCGCAUGUUUGGAUUUCCUUUAAAGGGCAACACAGAGAAGGAAGAAAUGCUGCCGCACAGGAAAUUGUGAAGUGCACAAAAGGCUGCCUGCUCUAGGGUGGCAGGUGGCGCAUUGUGUGCUAUUCGCAGAUAGAAACAUAGGGAUGUGAUACAGUGCGAUGUCGCUCUAGCACCACAUGGAAAAGGAGAAGCUGUGCUGCCCACAAGUUUCCCUCUGAAAAUCCAGGUAUUGCUGGGAGCAACCAGGAAUCUAUCUGGAUAUUAUUAUUAUAAAAUUUAUAUACCACCCAUACCCAUAGGUCUCAGGGCGGUUCACAGGAUUUAUUUUAAGCAAUAAAGAAUGUACUUGUUUCUCUUUGAGACUCCACCCGUUUAUCCAGACACCCAGGGUUGUGCAAAUCUAUUUUGUUAAGAAUCUUGCUAGACUUCUCAAGGUUUCAUGAAAACCUCUCAGAUUUAUAGCUUAAGAAAAAACCUUAACGUUUGCUUUAACUUUCCUUGUGGCAGCAACUGGUUGUAAUGUGCAGAUGUGUGGAUUGUCUGUUUCCCCAAAACAUUGAUUAGUUCCCCCUCUGAAAUCUGACGAACCUCCAAACCUGUUUCAAAUUGCAUGUUAGAUGAAAUUCUUGAUUGCAAUCCUGAUCACAACAUUAAGUAAGGGAUAGUUGGGUCCAGGGACAAAUUUGAUUAGGCGUUAGUCCCACAAGUUGCCGGGAACUUAACUGCAUAAGGAAGAUGCAAGAAUCUUAGAACUGUCCAGCGAUAUUAAGGCAACAAUUUUCAGUAUGUGGAGGACAUUCAACCCCACCAGCACCAAACUGGGCAAUAUGUCAACCCCCCUCCUCUUGCCCCCAACAGACAUUUGGCAUUUUGUGCUGUUGAACAGACUCGUUCCUUGUGGGGCUUUUGGAGAUGAACUCCCCCUUAGGCACCAGAAGGAGUGAAUACAGUUUAGAGCCAGGGACCAGGUGAGUGCUAAUUCCUAGCAGCCACUCAAAAGAACACCAACUGUUUAUAUGACAGUUACUUUUCACUGACAGAAAAACAGCAUUUGAAAAAUUAUUUUGAACAAACCAAUUAGGUGGAAAGGGAGGUGAGACAAAUGAAGAGGUUCUAAUCACACCCUCUUGAUAAAACAUGUGAAUUUGAAGCACAGGGGGAAAGGCAGGGUCGCUGGAGCAGCUUGGUUUAUUUUAAUGCACCUGCUCAUGUCUCUUUAAUGCAUAAACUUUUAGUCGGCAAACUUUCCUCUUCUGUUUGUUUCUGUGUCAAGAAAGCCUUCACCAGCUGAAAGUCUGCACACUAGACAGCUAGUCAAGAUGAAGGAGCAGGUCCAGGAACCAAGGUGUUACGCCAGUGCAAAAGUCCAAGAUCAUCUGGAGGGUCCCUGGGUCUCCACCCUGACUUAAAGCUUGGGAAUCUCUGAGUUUAACUGCUCCUCAUCCUUAACUACUGUUUCUCUGCUGCUGCAGUCUAGGAGUCAGGGAAACAGAGUUGCCCUAUUUUUCCUGCCAGGUUCCCUGCGCCUUCAAAAGCUACAUUACAACACACCUCUGUGGGUAUAUGCUCGUUUUUUAAGGAUGAGGUUUAAUUUGAGCCACAGGGUGGUUGGAGUUCUUCAGGGAAAAGGCUAGCUCAUACAGGGCAAUUAGAUGAACUGUUUCUGUUACCCAUUUUAGAAUAUAAUUAACAAAUUCAUAUAGCUUUCUUAUAAUGGUUAGCUUCAUCAGUAUCUGAAAAUUCAAACAGAGGCUCUUUAUCCUGUCCAAUGCUAAAUGUAAAUGCACGAAACCUGUUAACAUACCAUAUUUCUAGCACACAUUAUAAGCAAAAUGAUCAAGACUUAUUUUAAGAUUAAAGGUCUGCUGGAUUUUUUUGUUGUUGCUCAGUUACAAAUUGGAGCCAAAUUCUUGCAGAGAGUUGUACUUUGAUUUAGCAACUCAGUGGCUGCAAAGCUUAUCUUGCCUAUUUGAACUCCCAGAAACAAAAUUUAGGAAGCAAAAAAAAAGUAUUUGCAGGACAGGAUUGUCUGUUGUAGAGAUGCUCACACAUAAACUCUUAAUAAUCAAAUAUUGAAAGUGUUUCUGGUUGGACAGUCAGUCAGAAAAAUGUAGUAGACCCUAUAAAUAGCCCCUCUGACCAAACUAACUUUUGGAAAAUAAAAAGGAUAUCAAAGAAAUGGUUUUAACUGACCAGGAGUUUUUCACUAUUAAAGGAAAACAUGGUGUCUUAUAAUCACCUAAUUUUCAGAAGCAUCCAUUACAGAGGCUAGGGGAGCAUACCUCUUGGAUACAGAAUAAGAAAAAUGAAUACAUUCAGCAAAUACACUGGCCACUUUUGGGUUUGGUAAUGGGUUCUAAAAGAUCUCUACUGGGAGAAUGUUUUCUGGAAUAGAAAGUAAGUGUUAGCUCGCAGGUGGAACUGGGCAAAGAAGAGGAUUUAGUCAGGGCCACCCACCACCACACAAGCCCCACAGCCCUGCUCUCCACUGAUAUCUCCUUUGGUAAUGAACUGGUGCUGGUCCUGCUAAAAAAAAGCCAGUCUGUGAAGGUUCCUGGCACACUGCUAAGAAGAGCAGCCGCAGUCCAUUUCGAUGUUGAGAAAGGGGUGCUAAUUGUGUUGGUAUCUGCUUGGUUGGAGAUAAUGUUGAACAUUUCAGAACUUAUUUCUCACAAGUUACCAGAGACACAUUAGGUGGCUAAAAACUUUGGAGUUUUUAGAUGUAAAGAAGUUGACUUUAAGUAGCAGGAAAUAUGACCUGAGAACAGAUAUCCUAAUCUAGAAUUACAGUAGUGAUAUUGUACAUGAAGAUCGUACUGCAGUUCUCUUAAGACCUUGUGCUGUUGAUGGUUAACUACAUGUUUUUAAGUAAGCUAUUAGACCUAAUUCUUUUUCUCCUUUCCCCCCUUCAGAGUGAACGCCUGCUCAUUAAAGGUGGACGGAUUAUUAAUGAUGACCACUCCUUCUAUGCAGAUGUUUACCUGGAAGAUGGGCUGAUAAAGUUAGUUUUAAAACUUUGAACUUUCUGUGUAUGUUUGGUGAUGCAAGAGUUGCUAGCAACAUUAUGGUGUACUUGCCUAUUUAACACAUCUUAUCUAUAGUCAAAGCUACAGGCUCCCCCAUCCAGUAUUUUCUGAUAUCAGUAGACUGGAUUGAUUCCAGCCCAAAGUUUCUAUUUGGGGUAUGUUCACAUUAGCAAGGUCAAACAUACACCCCUUCUGUGUUUCAAACUGCAUUUCACAGCGUUGUUAACAUUAGGGGGGGAGGGAAUGUCUUCACCCAACAGACAUGAACUUUUUGGUUUCUCUGCCCCUGCAACACCUGCCCUCCCUAACUCCUAUUUUGUCAUCUGCGCAGGUUGCUCAUCUGUGCAUGUAUGAUGGGUGUUAGGAUUUGUCCACAUUAACCACUUCUUCUGCAUCCAGUUUUUUAGUUAGAUUGAAGCUGGCUUGAGCAAGGUGCCAUGUGAAUGUGACUUAAAAAACUUUCAGUGGGAGCACAGUGGUAAGUGGUAAGUGAACAUGCCCUUAGUUAUAGGCAUCCAUCUGUCUUGAGAGACAUUGGAGUGUGUAAACCGCUGUGUUAGGAGCACCAAAGUGACCUCCCUGGGACGCAAGCCUGGGCAGUGUGUAUCGAAGUCCUGGGCUGCCCAGAGGACAAGAUCUCCUUUUCAUCCUCGCUAAUGUGGUCCUAAGGAAAGCAGAACAGUAUGUUUGGCUCCAGCUGGGCUGCAGGAGUUGCUGGAAGGAGGAGUUCAAGGCGCCACCAACCAUCUUAGGGACUCCUUUCUGGAUUUGUGUAUGGAAAAAACCUGACAAACCUAGCCAGCAUCUUAAAAAGCAGAGACAUCUCCUUGCCAACAAAGGUCCGUAUAGUUAAAGCUAUGGUUUUCCCAGUAGUGAUGUAUGGAAACGAGAGCUGGACCAUAAAGAAGGCUGAUCGCGGGAGAAUUGAUGCUUUUGAAUUAUGGUGCUGGAGGAGACUCUUGAGAGUCCCAUGGACUGCAAGAAGAUCAAACCUAUCCAUUCUGAAGGAAAUCAGCCCUGAGUGUUCACUGGAAGGACAGAUCGUGAAGCUGAGGCUCCAAUACUUUGGCCACCUCAUGAGAAGAGAAGACUCCCUGGAAAAGACCCUGAUGUUGGGAAAGAUGGAGGGCACAAGCAGAAGGGGAUGACAAAGGACGAGAUGGUUGGACAGUGUUCUCGAAGCUACCAGCAUGAGUUUGACCAAACUGCGGGAGCCAGUGGAAGGCAGGAGUGCCUGGCAUGCUCUGGUCGAUGGGGUCACAAAGAGUCAGACACGACUAAAUGACUAAACAACUUCUUAGGCUUUUCUUCUCCUGAAGAUUUCCCACAAGGCAUCAGAGGUUUAGGGUCAGAGUAUUCCUUCUCCUAAGUGGUCUACCUUCCCAGGUUGAUGAGCCUCAUCUGCUCCUCCCCCCAUUUCCCCCUACAGUGCACGCAAAACCCACUUUCUUGACCAUUGAAACCCACCAUUGGUCUUGUCCACCCCAUCCACUGGAGCCUGUCUUUGCAUGCAAGGGGAAGUCUCUAACUCAAUGGGUUUGAGACCAACUGGCUGCCCUGGUUUAGCUGGGUAGUCAAAGCCGUUUCCCGGGGUGUGGCCACUGUCACAUGCUAACAGCUUACAGGAGGCGCACGUGAAAGGGUGCAGGGUGAGGACCAAAGGUGGACAAACUACCCAGAAGUAGCACAACCUCUGGUGGGGGACACAUGCCCUUAGUAUAGUGUAGAAAUCACCGCAUAAAAGCUGUUAGGCAAGCAUAUACUUCCAGUCAAAGAAUUUCCAUCAAACAUAGAAGGGGCUUAGCUGUUUUAAAAGGAUGUCCUCAUGUGAAACUACUGAUUUGGAUAUAGAUUUGACACUAUGAUGGCCAAACUAGAUAUACCUUGGUGUGUGUUGGGGGAGGGGUUGCUCAUCAGAGAAAUAGCAGAAAAUAAAGUAAGAAAUUGCAAGAGGUAUAGAAUUCUCCCCCCCCCCCAAAAAAAAACUUCUUUGCUGUGGUCCAGUUUAUUACUGGUUCGGAGUGGGUCUCAAUCUUCUUUUUUGUUAAAUAAAUUUUAUUUAUUUUAAAUUACAGAAAUCCAGUAUACACCAAAAUAUAUUAAUACCAAAUAACAAUACCAAUUCAGUUACAAAUCAAUUACAUAGCCCAGUGAUGGCCAGACUUGGCCCUCCAGCUGUUUUGGGACUACAGUUCCCAUCAUCCUUGACCACUGGUCCUGUUAGCUAGGAAUGAUGGGAGUUGUAGUCCCAAAACAGCUGAAGGGCCGAGUAUGGCCAUCACUGACCAAUUUUGUAUGGCUUCCCACAUGCUGUACUUCAGGGUCUGAUUCCCUUUAAUUUUGCCUCCAAACUAUUGCUUAAACCAAAGACAAUCCAUUCUUGAUAAAAUCCCUUAUACCGCAGCUACAAUGAUUAACUUCAAUUCGCAUUAACACAUAAUAGUAAUUUGUAAAUUCGCAGAUGAAGUUCUCCUGCAAUCUUCUGAAUGGAUCUUGUUUCAUUUGUGCUCCGCAUAGUAUUGUGACACACACAUUGCUGGGCCUCUUGGAGUGGUUUUGUAACAACAACGUCUGCCACCCUCAGGCCCAUUCCCUUCAUAUUUCUUCUAUCUGCACAUGUGUGUGCUUUAUGUAUAAUUGGGUGUUUGUAUAUAUGCCUCUUGAGGAUUAACACUUUAUGUAGCUCUGCUGAAGUGAGCUUAAACCCAUGAAAGCUUAUGCCACAUAAAUUUGUUAGUCCUGACUUGUGUUUUUUCUGCAACAGACUAAUAUAGAAUGUGAGGGACAUGGCAUUCAUAUGCUUUGAUAUUAGAAUUUCUCAUUCACUUUAUCUUAAACUGAGGAAGCUAUUGCAUUUUCUAAACAUAAGUUAACUGCAGGCGGGCAAAUCAAUUCUAGUAUUCAUGGUUGGCUAUAGCUCUUCCCCUUAGGAAGUAUACCAUGAGCAGGUUCAUAUGUAAGGCCUUUGCUGCUCCUGCUGUUGCACCACUGGGAGCUAAGCCAUAGUUUGUUUAGGUUGCUGUCUGAAUUGAGGCUCAUGGUUUGUCUUGCUCCAGGUAAAGGAUGAGCUGUAAACCCAAAAAUUAGUUUUGGUUGCAGCUCAUGGGGUGCCUGGAGUGAUACAAGCCACAGUCCUGGAUUCUGUGGAAAGUUUUCCAUUUCAUAUGUUCAUUAGUCACAAUGCCCAUUGCAGAUACAAUCUUAGGCAAGCUUGGAAGCUUCAAGGUUGUUAGUGAACAGAAACAAAUACAGGUAAAUAAACAUACUAAACUAAAUCACCUUCUAAGGCACCAGUAACUUUUCUGAUGCAAAACUGUUUUGUUUUUGCAGAUUAGUGUAAUUUUCCAUAAAUCUUUUCAGUAUGAAUUUUUCCAGAGAAAACCCUUUAGUGCUUUAGUGUGAGAUCUCCAGCCAAACUAGCCUUCCACUUAGCAAAAUUUGCAGUAUUUGGUAUUGACCCAAUUUAUAUGUAAACCGCAUUGAUGCAGUGAUGCUCCAAAGAAUGUGGAAAGUGUUUCAUGUGCCUGGAAUGACUGGGCUGGAUUUUUGUAAACCUCUUAGAUGUUUUCUUAAAAUCAAGCAGUAUAUAAAUUCUGUUAAAUAAGAUAAAUGAAAUUUAAUUUAUUCGUUCUCUAAAUCAGUGGUUCACAAUUAGCUAAGUACUGUGCACUCACUGUUUUUCAAAAGCCAAGCCACAGACUCCCUCCUUUUGAAAUUUUUGAUAUCUCUGUGGCAGUUUUUGUUAUGUGGAUGGUGUCACAGACUCCCUGGGUGGGUUACACGGAAUCCCUGAGGUUCACAGGCCGCCAAUCGGGAACCACAUCUCUAAAUGUUUAGUUGGCAUGACUGAAGCCUGAUCAGCCACCCCACAGCUGCGUAGCUGUUGUUUCCCUGUAGCACUGCCUACGGGCAACUGUGUCCAUGGGGUUCCAGGGUCUACCUUUAGCUCUAGCUUCUAAGUUCUGAUACAUCUUAAGAAUGUUCAUGAUUCCUGCAUUGCAGAGGGUUGGACUACAUGACCCUUGAGAUCCCUUCUAACUCUAUAAUCCUGUGAUUCUGUGAUUCUUCUAUGAGCCCAUUUGGGAGAUGUAUGAGAGGGACAGUGCAAGAGAGGUUUGCAAGAAGCAACUGACAACUUUAAUCAAUUAUAUUAUCAGAAGAACUAUACAACCCAAAUAGUUAAUCGAACUUCACAAAGGCAUGGGCGAUUUGCACCAUUCUUCCAUUGCCAACAUUUGUGUUAUGAUUUGCAUGUUUUGGAACUGCAUCUCAGGUUUGGGCUGGCUGUGAUAUUCUUUCUGGUAGUGGACAUAGUAAUAGCUUCACUGUGCUGUAAGGAAAGCUACAGUAUAUGACACAAGCAGUUUGUAGGAAUUCUAAGCAGUGUAAAGACCAGCCCAUGAGAUACUGUAGCUAAAUUUUCAUUUGCAGGAUCUAUGGUUGCAAAAUGCAUGCAAAAAUGCAGUGAGAUCUAUUGGGAUGCAGGAUGCUGUAUAAUCACAUCUUAGACCCUAAUAUUAGAUUCAACUGAAGUUGAGUUUUAUAUUUGAAGCCUUCAAGAUUGUUGUUAAUGUUUCUAGACAAAAGAACCAAAAUAGCCCUUCUUCCUUUUCGUCAGACAAAUAGGAGAGAAUUUGAUUGUUCCUGGUGGAGUGAAGACCAUUGAGACGAAUGGGCUUAUGGUUAUUCCUGGAGGCAUCGAUGUCAAUACUUACCUGCAGAAGCCCUCUCAAGGCAUGAUGGCUAUUGAUGAUUUCUAUCAUGGCACAAAGGCAGCUCUAGGAGGAGGCACUACCAUGAUCAGUAAGUACUGGAAAUGCUCAGCGCUUCAUAAUGGAAAAGCUGAGGGUGUGUCCCAUUCAUAGAAGCAUUAGAGAAAGGUUUAAUUUCAUAUGGCACAGGAGAGCAAACCAGCAAGUCCAGACCCUUCUCCCCAUUAAAGAUAGUAAUAGCUGAAGCUUCAGUGGCUGUAAUGAUAUGUGCAAAUGGGUUAUCGAGACUGAAGGAAAACAAACUGCUGGUGAAUGAAAACAUUAAAUUUUUAAUUGGAUAUAUUGUUGUUGUUGUUAUUGUUACUAUUGUUGUUAUUAUUUCAGUUUAUUAGUUCCUUACCACAUAAGUCUCCAAAUGACUUCAAAAAAUUGAAAGCUGAAAGAAUGGCAAAAAACCCUGAAAAAGGACAAUGUAAUACAAUGGUAACAAUACCUGCCCUGGGACCAUAAGGGUGAAGGGGAAGGAAGGAAGGAAGGAAGGAAAUAAUCUAGAAAAGAAAUCUAUUGAAACAGCAGCAAGAACUCCAGCAGCAAAAGCACUCUAUCAAUAGACAGCAAAAUAAAACAGGCAGUGACCAUUUCACAUGGGGGUUCCAUUCUUAGCCCCCACAUGCGUUGGCAGACAGCGUAUAAGAGUGCCCUGCCCCCAUUAUGCCCCACCCCCUUUCUCCCCGUUCUGCCCUCAUUUUGCCACCUUCUGGGUCUCUGAAAGGACCCGUGCAUCGGUGAUCAUACGUCAAUUGGAAGCGCCGAAAAUGGUCGCCACCGGUAGUAGUAGUAAUAAUAAUAAUAAUAAUAAUAAUCAUUAUCCAUCAAAUGCCUGGGAGAAUAGGUAAGUUUUUACUUAGCAUAGGGACGGUGUUAAGUGAUGGAGCAGGGUGAAUCUCACUGGGGAGAGCUUUCGAAACUUCCAUGAGAGGAGCACCCAGAGAAGGGCCCUGGAUGAAAACCAGAGGGUCUGGGUAGGUUCAAAUCAUGAGUGGGGCUCUGAGCCAUAUAGAGAUUUAAGGUUACAUCACCACUUUGAAUGGGACUUGGAAAUGAACAGGCAGCCACUGCAGCUGAGUCAAGGGCCGGUGCCACGUGAUCCAUUUGCCCUAAAACUCUUAGCAAUCAGGUGGGUGCGUUCGAUGCUGCCUAGUUUCCGAAUCAUCUUCAGAGACACCCCUGUGCAAUUACAUUGCAGUAAUCCAGAGGGACGCUGGAGUGCAUGCCACUCAAUUGGACAGGAGAGCCAUCCUCUAGCAGCAUCUCAGUCUUGUCUAGGUUAAACUUCAGUCCAUUGGUCCUUUGUGACCAGGCAACAGUUCAGCACAUCCACUGCCUCACCUGCAGAAGAUGAAAAUGAGAAACAGAGCUGGCUGUCCUCAGGAUACUGAUAACAAUGCGCUCCAAAACUGAGUAUGACCCCACUUAGCAGUUUUAGUGUCAUAACGUCAGUAAAACACUUUACAUUUCAUCUUAGUGUGUGAUCACACCGGCUUUGGCUGGUUUACUUGUGGCCAUGUGCAGAAAAUUUGAGCUUAGCUCAGUGAUACAUCCUCUGUAUCACUGUAAUAUGCUCCUUAUGGGACUGUUUUUAAAGACUGUUAGGAAACCAGUUGGUACAGAACAUAGCAACAAGAAUGCUGGUACCAACUUAUCUGAAGGGCCACUUGCAUCUAUAUGAGCUUUCCUGGGCUUUCAGAUCCGCUUCUGAGGCCCUGCAUUAGUCUGAUGGGUACCAGAUACAGGACCUUUCAGGUGGUGGCCCUAUAGUUAUGAACGCUCUCCCUUGGAAAGUAUGAGUGACCCCAUCUUUGGAAAUGUCUAAGAAACUACUAAAACAUUUUCUGUCUUUUUAUUAUCUGCUGUUGCUUUAAAAUUUUUUUUUAAUGUUUUAGUGGAUAUUGUUCAGUUUUAAGCAGGUAUAAUGCCUUAUUGUUGUUGUUGUUGUUGCUAUUGUUAUUAUUAUUGUUAUUGUUAUUAUUAAGUCAUAAAUUUUGGACAUUGUCUUGAAGUGGCUGUUGCACCCUAAAAAGUAACAUACAAAUCAGGUAAUAAAUAAAAUAAACAAAACUGUUGAGAAUGAUUGGCAAAAGGUGUUAUUUCAGCAUAUGCCCCUUGUUAGAUGAAUGUAGUCUAUUUAUAUAAAAAACUGAAAGACUGCAGUGGAGCUAAACAGUGAAGCUGGGCGAGAGAAUUUGUCAGUGAGGAGCUAGGUGGGAAAAGGAGCCUAUUUCUAGGAAGAGAGAAGAGAGCAGUGUGUGAAAGUGCCAUUGAGAGUGGCUUCAUUUUCAGGCUAUUUUAUUCUCAGCAGUUGGGUGGGCAGCAGGGGCAAAGCAAGACAACAAGCUAUGAUGAAGCCAGGAUGUCAGAACGGGCAUAACAACAAACUGUGAUUUAUGAUCCUAGUUUGCUGUCUCAAGCAUAGUAUGGCUAGUGUGCCUGCUGGGGUUCAGGCAUGCAGACAGGCUGGGGUUAUGCUAAAAACAACAACAACCCUAUGGCUUGGUGUUGCUUCCAACGUGGGCCACUUUGGUGCUUACUCCUAAGUGUGCAUUGGCCAAGGCUGCACAUAUUUCUUAGGCGAUGACCUAUUCUUACUGGCUUAGUCAGCUCAGUGUCCUGCUUUUCGGAAGAAAUAGGCAAGAUCAAACUUAAGUUAAUUGAAAUAGUUCUUCCUUGCACAGAGAAACAACUAGAGGCGGUUGGAGGAUGGAUGGCAGCUAACAGAUUGAGGUUGAAUCCUGACAAAACAGAAGUACUGUUUUUGGGGGACAGGGGGCGGGCUGGUGUGGGGGAUUCCCUGGUCCUGAAUGGGGUAACUGUGCCCCUGAAGGACCAGGUGCGCAGCCUGGGAGUCAUUCUGGACUCACAGCUGUCCAUGGAGGUGCAGGUUAAUUCUGUGUCCAAGGCAGCUGUCUACCAGCUCCACCUGGUGCGCUGACUAAGACCCUACCUGCCCGCCGACUGUCUUGCCAGAGUGGUGCAUGCUCUAGUUAUCUCCCACUUGGACUACUGCAAUACACUCUACAUGGGGCUACCUUUGAAGGUGACCCGGAAACUGCAAUUAAUCCAGAAUGCGGCAGCUAGACUGGUGACUGGGAGUGGCCGCUGGGACCACAUAACACCAGUCCUGAGAGAUCUGCAUUGGUUCCCAGUACGUUUCCGAGCACAAUUCAAAGUGUUGGUGCUGACCUUUAAAGCCCUAAACGGCCUCGGUCCUGUAUACCUGAAGGAGCUUCUCCACCCCCAUCGUUCAGCCCGGACACCGAGGUCCAGCGCCGAGGGCCUUCUGGCGGUUCCCUCAUUGCGAGAAGUGAGGUUACAGGGAAUCAGACAGAGGGCCUUCUCGGUAGUGGCGCCCACCCUGUGGAACACCCUCCCUUCAGAUGUGAAGGAAAUAAGCAGUUAUCCUAUCUUUAAAAGCCAUCUGAAGGCAGCCCUGUUUAGGGAAGUUUUUAAUAUCUAAUGCUGUAUUGUUUUUAACAUUUGAUUGGGAGCCGCCCAGAGUGGCUGGGGAGACUCAGCCAGAUGGGCGGGGUAUAAAUAAAUUAUUAUUAUUAUUAUUAUUAUUAUUAUUAUUAUUAUUUAAGCCCUUCAAAAACAGCGUGGCAAUGAAACAAGAGGUUUCAGGACCUGUUUUGUUUCAUGUACUAUUCCAUCUGUAGGUAAAAUGUGGACUGAACUUUAUUUGCCUAUUAACAAACACUUCAUCCUCAUUUCAGUUGACCAUGUACUUCCUGAACCCAGCUCCAGUCUAUUAACCUCCUUUGAAAAGUGGCACGAGGCAGCAGACACCAAAUCCUGUUGCGAUUACUCUCUCCAUGUGGAUAUCACCAACUGGUAUGAUGGAAUCAGGGAAGAGCUGGAUAUCCUGGUACAAGAUAAAGGUUAGUAACAGUCUAGCAGAAUAGUCAGAUGAAGAGAUAAAGAUAAAAAUAUGGGGGACAUUGUCAAAAACCUUACUGAAAUCAUGAUACACAACGUCCACAGCAUUCCCCUGAUCUACCAAGCUUGCAAUUCUAUAAAAGAAAUAAAUAAAUUCGAUUUUUUUUCUGGCAUGAUUUGUUUUUGAGAAACCCAUGCUGGGUCUUACUAAUCACAUCAUCCUUUUAUAAGUUAUUGCAGACUGUUUAAUAAUCUGUUCUAGGACAUUCCUGGUAUCGAUGUCAAGUUGAUCGGUCAGUAGUUACCUGUAUCUUCUCCCCACCCCCUUUUUGGAGAUGAGGACAAUAUUUGUCCUCUUCCAGUCCUCAGGGACCUCACCUGCUCCAAGAAUUCUUGAAGAUCACAUCUGCAAGCUCCUUUAGUACCCUUGGAUACACAUCUCUGUGCUCCCUGUCUCUUGUAUCACCGUCUAUCCUGUUUUUGCGUUCCAAAAACUUAUUUUAAAAUUCCAUUCAUUCUCAAACGUGGUAUUUUUACAAAUAGCUUGUUGCACUCAUAAAGCCCAAGUUCAUUCACUUAACACUGCUUCUCUCCGUAACUCAGUAUACCAUCCUCUUAAGUCUGGUGUCUGACAGCUCUUCCUGAAGGAGCGUCUUCACCCCCAUCGUUCUGCCUGGACACUGAGGUCCAGCGCCGAGGGCCUUCUGGUGGUUCCCUCUCUGCAAGAAGUGAGGUUGCAGGGAACCAGGCAGAGGGCCUUCUUGGUGGUGGGUGCCCGCCCUGUGGAACGCCCUCCCAUCAGAUGUCAAAGAGAUAAACAACUACCUGACAUUUAGAAGACAUCUGAAGGCAGUCUUGUUUAGGGAAGUUUUUAAUGUGUGACAUUUUAAUGUAUUUUUAAUCUUUGUUGGAAGUUGCCCAGAGUAGCUGGGUUAAUAAUAAUAAUAAUAAUAAUAAUAAUAAUAAUAAAAAAUGUGGCUUGUGGUCUAGUGGUGGUCUAUGCCUGGGCUAAGCCACUGAACACUUUGUGAAUCAGGAAAAAGAACUGUGAAAUAAAAGCACUUUCUUAAAAGACAGCUGCACGUAACUAGCAUUUUUAUUUUCUGCCAGGAGCUUGCACUCUUAACAGGAUCUGAUCAUUAACUUGACUUUGCAAGCAGAAAGUGAACUAGUUGGACUAUUAAGCUUAAAAUAGAAGUAGCCAUUUGUGCAUCUGUCAUCGUAUUUUCUUUGGCGGCAUCUGCACAAUGCAUCCACCUUCCCUGCCUUUAAAAAACCCAAAAAAAAGCUGUGCUCCCAGCAUUCACUGGUGCUUGACCUGAAUAUAUCAUAUUUUUAACACUGCCUUAUAUUUUCAUUUGCAUUAUCUUUCUGUAUUUUAAUGUUUGAUAUAUUUUUAAAUAUUGUAUACAACUUUGAGAUGAUAUGGGAGGUAACAGAGAAAGAUUUUAAACAAGUAAUAAAAAAUAAAUUAAAACUGUUUUAACAUAAACAGUACUAAUAUGAAUAUUUAUGAAGGUAACUGUUUCAGAAUGCUAAAAAAAUGCACAUUCACUUUAUUCUGAAUACUUUUUCCCCUGUAAAUAGGUGUUAAUUCUUUUCAAGUCUACAUGGUCUACAAAGAUCUCUACCAAAUGACUGACAGCCAGGUAAUCUGUGCAUUUUCAAAUGAGAUCUCUGAUUCCCAGGAACUCUUCUAAUUGAGAUCCAUGCUUUUGAAUUAAGCUUAAGUUUGGGAUGGGUGUGUGUUGAAAUGUGAGCAGUCAUGUCCCUCUUCUUCCUCUGAAAUGAAAGUUACUGAACACCCUCUCUGUUGUUAUAUCUUUGGAGUCAUGAGUUUCAGGUGGGCUAACACAGUUUUUAAUUGAAAUUGUGAUGAAUAUAUUGUGCAUAUUACAGUUAAAACAUAACAUUGUGGCAGAAUCUAUUGCAAACACAAAUUUGGAGUCUGGAAACAUGUCAUUUCCAGCACCAUGACUGGUAUGGCCUCACAUUUUCAAGGAGUAUCUUCACAUGCAUAUCCAGAACUUGCUUUAGAAUAUUAAACAUUUACAAAUGCUUGUAAAUGUUUAAUGUGCACUAUUUUUGUUAUUUAACGUGUAGCUGUGAGGCCUCUGGGCAGGACUGGGACUACAGAAUUUGGGGAAGUGGGAUUAAUCCUUUCCACACACCCACAAUUUACCCCUUCCUGGAAGCGGCUGCUAGUCUUGUGAGGGGAUUAUCCUCCCAAGACUUAUAGCAGCUUCUGGAAAGGGCUGGGGGGGGGGAGGCUUAGCAGGACAGUAGCCUGCCCGCCUCCCUGUGUGCUGUGCUCCCAGUUCUACUGCUCUUUAGAGAACAAGAACUAUGCACAUUUAAUACAUGCAUUUAGCAUCUAAUCAAGAGUUGGCUUGGUUUUUGUUCCUACUUUUUCUCCAAGAAAAAAUGCUUUGGAAUCGUUUUAGAAGUUCUUGCCUUCUUCUUCUUCUUUUUAAAUUUUAUUGUUACCGUUCACAUUGACACACCAUACAGAAAAAGAAAAUAAAUUCCAUCACCACCAAAGAAAAAAAGAGAAUUAAUACAUCAACUAAUAACCUUCAAAACAUAAAAUAAGUGGUCUUUUUCUAUGCGCCAGACUUCCCGUCUAUUCCUUAUUACAGAUUCUGUAUUAAUUGUUCGCUGCCAUUGCAUAAUGAGUUUUGUUCAAUUUCAAUAUCCCUUAAUCCAUUCAUUGGUUUUACCACAUUUUUAACACUGCUACUGAAAUUAUUCGAACGCUGCGUAUGACCUUAAACUACUAUUAUUAUUUUUCAAGUAUAUUUUAAAAACUUAUCUCUUCUGACAUGCUAUCUAAUUCCACGUAUUCAACCAUUUUUUUAAUCCAUUCUAAUCUUGAUGGGACUUUAUCGCUUUUAUAAUUUGCCGCAAAAAACUUUGUGGAAGUUAUUGCCUUCUAAUUGUGGGAAUCUGAGUUAAACUGUGAGCUCUUCAUGAAAUCAUAAACAAGAAAGCAUCUACAGAUUUUUAUUUUUUUUAAUGUUCAGGUUCCUGUCAAACUUACCGUAUUUUUUGCUUUAUAAGACUCACUUUUUCCCUCCUAAAAAGUAAGGGGAAAUGUGUGUGCGUCUUAUGGAGCGAAUGCAGGCUGUGCAACUAUCCCAGAAGCCAGAACAGCAAGAGGGAUUGCUGUGCAGCAAUCCCUCUUGUUGUUCUGGCUUUUGAGAUUCAGAAUAUUUUUUUUCUUGUUUUCCUCCUCCAAAAACUAGGUGCGUCUUAUGGUCUGGUACGUCUUAUAGAGCGAAAAAUACGGUAUCUGGAAGGUGGUGGAAUUAGAGGCAAAGUAAAUGUGAUGCUAAAUGUGUUACUCCAAAGCAUAUCUGGGUGGGGUUAAUUCUUAGGAUUUCAGCAGACAGGGAGAGGGAACCAAUUCCCCAUUGGUGUCAAGCACUGUGUUUUCCUUUGCUGAUGAGAAGGGACGAGAUGAAGAAACAGAGUGAAAUAAAGUUUUACCCUUUUUUGGCUGUUGUGCUACCCUAAAAUGAAAGGAAAUGUCUGUAUGCAUGUGUGUUUUAAAGAAGGGGAUAAAAGAAUUGGGAUAUACAAUAAUCUGUCAUUGCUGACUGUUCCCCCUUCCCUUGGUACUGUAUAUAGCUCUAUGAAGCCUUUACUUUUCUGAAAAGUCUUGGAGCUGUAAUCAUGGUCCAUGCUGAAAAUGGAGAUUUGAUAGCUCAGGUGAGAAAAACUUUUCUUCUACAUUUAUUCUUUGAACUGUCUGAUACCCUUGAUAGGUAGAUUCGUUGGGCACAGAUGUUUGCCAUCUUAUCCACCCAUUUGGUUGUAGAUUAGUACUGCAGUGUGGCAGUAGCAAUGGUCAUCAAGCCCUCGCAAAAUGUAAUGAGUGCUGAAUGUCAUGGUUGUGACAGGGAGUGAUUGAAAAUGAGCCCUACUUGGCGCCAUGAAAAAUUAAAAUAAGAUGUAAUCCUGAACAUAGAAAAAUCUACUGAUAUCAAUUGGACAGAUGUGCUUAAUUGUGUGCUUCACCAGGACUUAAUGGAUGCUAGCCUUUCUCUGGAUUGGACUGCUUACACUGGGCUGUGUUUAAGCCAUGCUGUGAUUGCAGAAAGGUACCCAAAACAUGUAGACAUUAUUAUUUGGCCCAAGGUUCAGUACUGGAUGCCGAUGAUGAUGAUGCUAGUAUCAAAAAGAGGUUCUUCAUUGCAUAACUGUCCCAGAAAGACCUAUGUGACAUAUUGGUACCAAUUCAAGUGCCACCUGGCCUUAGAUGUCCAUGCUUAGAACCAGGUAGUUCUUAAGUGAUGAAACAGUCAAGAAGGGAGGGCUUGGAAUAGGUGGACAUUUUCAAAAUUCUGUCAGGCAGUUAGCAUAUAGAAUCUGUAAUAAUUAUCAGUGCAUUUUAGUUGUGGUGGAAUAAGCGAAUGGGCCUCUGAGUUUGCCAUAAAUUUAAUUUAUUUCAUUUAAUUUUUGAGUUUUUGUGGUGCUAUUCAUGGCCAGAAACAGUUCCAGCUAAAAGCAAACAACAACAACAACAACAACAACAACAACAUGCUGCCCAAAUGACUGGGUUGCCAUCCACUAUGGGCAGCUUCCAACAAAAUAUAAAAAACACAAUAAAAUAUUAAACAUUAAAAACUUCCCUGUACAGGGCUGCCUUUUGACAUGUGAUGGGAGGCUAUCCCACAGGGCAGGGACAACUACUGAGAAGGCCUUCUGCCUGGUUCCUUGUAACUUUGCUUCUCACAGUGAGGGAACCACUAGAAGGCCCUCAGAGCUGGACCUCAGUUUCUGGGCUGAACGAUGCAGGUGGUGAUGCUCCUUCAUAUAUACAGGGCUGAGGCCAUUUAGGGCUUGAAAGGUCAGUACCAACACUUUGAGUUGUGCUCAGAAAUGUUCUGGGAGCCAACAUAGAUCCUUUAGGACAGGUGUUAUAUGGUCCCAGUGGCCCUCCAAGUCACCAGUCUAGCUGCCGCAUUCUGGAUUAGCUGUAGUUUCUGAGUCACCUUCAAAGGUAGCCCCACAUAGCACACAUUGCAGUAGUUGCAAGCAGGAAAUAACUGUUGCAUGUCCCACUCUGUGAGACAGUGUGCAGGCAGGAAGGGUCUCAGCCUUCAUACCAGAUGGAGCUGGUAGACAGCCACCCUGGACACAGAAUUAAGCUGUGCUUCCAUGGACAGCUGUGAGUCCAAAAUAACCCCAAGGCUGCACACCUGGUCCUUUAGGGGCAGAGUUACCUCAUUCAAGACCAGGAGGUCCUUCACACCUGACUGCCCUCCCGUCCCCCAGUAGCAGUACCUCGGUCUUGUCAGGAUUCAACCUGAAUCCAUUGAUUGCUGUCCAUCCUCCAGCCACCUCCAGACACAUAGGACCAGGUUCAUCACAUUCACUGUUUCUGAUUUAAAUGAGAGAUAGAGCUGGUGUCAUCUGCCUAUUGGUGAACACCCAGCCCAAACCACCUGAUGACCUUUCCCAGCAGUUUCAUAUGGAUGUUAAAAAGCAUGAGAGAGGGUGGAGUCAUGAGGUACCCCACAAGUGAGUGUUGAAGGGUCUGAGCACUCAUCUCCCCACGCGACUUCCUGGACAUGACGCAGGAAGGAGUGGAACCAUUGCGUAACAGUGCCCCACACUCCCAACCUUCCUAGAUGGUCCGGAAGGAUACCAUGGUUGAUGGUAUCAAAAGCAGCUGAGAGAUCCAGCAGAACCAGGAAACAGCUUUCACCUCUGUCCCUAACCUGCCAGAGAUCAUUGACCAGUCAACCAGGGUGGUUUCUGUCCCGUGGUGGAGCCUGAAUCCUGAUUGGAAGGGAUCCAAAUGGUCCACAUCCUCCAGAUAUGCCUGUAGUUUAAAACAAUUUAAAAAUAAAACAGGCACCUGGCAUUAUACAUAGUUAAAACAGUAGCAGUUAAAAUUAUAAAUCAGGAACAUUAUACAGUAAAAGCAGAUUGGAAUAUCCGAAAUCUGUAAACUACGCAGAAUACAUAGUUGAUUGGAUGGUAUUUAAAUGCUAACAAUAAAUAUCGUUCCUUAACCAACAGACAUGACUGAAUACAGUGUAUACGAGAGACUUUUGAUACAUAUCAAUUGAUAUACCGGUAUUUGUAACCUGUUGGCCAUCAACUUUUGUCUAUUACCUCCUCAGGAACAAAAGCGUAUGCUGGAGAUGGGCAUCACUGGACCAGAGGGCCACGCCUUGAGCAGGCCAGAGGAGGUGAGAGCUGUGUUCAAGUUCAGUCUAAGGGCUGCAGGAGCCAUGCGUUAAAGUUUCUACAAUUUUUUUCUAGCAGAACUAACCAAACCAAGAGAAAUCCAUAAGCACUUCACAUCACUUUGUGAUUCUGUGAUAAUAAUACCUCAAUACAGUGGUGCCUCGCAAGACGAAAUUAAUUCGUUCUGCGAGUUUUUUCGUCUUGCAAAGCACGGUCAAGUCGCAACUGCACCUCUUCAAGCGGUUUUAAGAAAAAGGAAACAAACUUGCAAGACGUUUUCGUCUUGCGAAGCAAGCCCAUAGGGAAAAUCGUCUUGCGAAGCAACUCAAAAAACGAAAAACUCUUUCGUCUUGCGAGUUUUUCGUCUUCCAAGGCAUUCGUCUUGCGAGGUACCACUGUACAGAACACCUUAAUAACAAAAUUUUAAGCUGUGGCCUUGAAGCUGAUCACCUGCAAAUGUUCCAUUGACUUCUAUGAGAAUAUUAAAGGGGUCGCUCUGCUGAUGAACACUUCAGUAUAGCAGUUUCUUGCAAGGUGGCAAGCUGAUUACAUUCAGUUUUUAAUGUUUUUGAAGUCGUAGGAGUUUUUUCAGGUACCACCUUGAGCCAUUCAUGCCAUUUAGAUCAGGGGUGAGAAAUCUUUUUUUCUGUAAGCAGUAUUCUGAAAUUUGUGUAUAGCUUCAAAUUAAUUCUGCUUGGAGAAAAAGCAAAGCGUGAAGUAGCAGGAAAGGUUAUAUUUUUGUAAGUCAGUUAAAAGAGGAAGGGGGUUGAGGGAUGAGGAACUGUUCAUAAAGCAGAAGAGGAAAGUGGCUGGAAUCUGGGAAAUACCUGUGUGAAAAAUUUGCAAGGUAAUGAUGAAGUUACUUUGACUGAAUUUCUUUCCUUAUUUAAGCUUGAAGCAGAAGCUGUUUUCCGAGCCAUCACCAUAGCUAGUCGCAUCAACUGUCCGUUGUAUAUCACCAAGGUCAUGAGCAAGAGUGCAGCUGACAUCAUUUCACUGGCUAGAAAGAAAGGUACAGAAUGCAGCCUUUCAUACUGUUAUGAGAAAAAAACUGCUCCUUUUCCCUUAUGGGGUAUCCUCAGCCCAUAGAGAAUCUUUUUGUAGGUUCUCUACCGGUAGGAGAAAAAACACAGAGACCAACCAGAGAAUAUUGAGAAGCAAAGCAGGUAGUAAGCCUGAUCAUUAUUAAAGCUGUUGCAACAGGGUGCUCCUCCCCCCACACAGGAGGGGGGGUGUUGUUUCUUCCUGUCUGCCAGGUUACCUGAUUGGAUUACCUGGGCAUCCUGGCCACUCUUUUGUUAUGAUAACUACUCAAUUCCUGAAUCCAGGUCACAGGUUUACACCCUAUUCGUAUUUUUAAAAAGGUAAAGGGACCCCUGACCAUUAGGUCCAGUUGUGACCGACUCUGGGGUUGCGGCGCUCAUCUUGCUUUAUUGGCCGAGGGAGCCGGCGUACAGCUUCUGGGUCAUGUGGCCAGCAUGACUAAGCUGCUUCUGGCGAACCAGAGCAGUGCACGGAAACGCCAUUUACCUUCCCGCCGGAACAGCACCUAUUUAUCUACUUGCAAUUUUCGGGGUGCUUUUGAACUGCUAGGUUGGCAGGAGUAGGGACCGAGCAACGGGAGCUCACCCCAUCACAGGGAUUCGAACUGCGACCUUCUGAUCGGCACGUCCUGGGCUCUGUGGUUUGACCCAGAUGUGCCCUUAAGACAGGAUUUGUGAAAGAGACAAUGGGGAGAUUUCCCAUUUCUUUCGACCUUGCAGAGUAAUAUUUGAGGUCAUUUUGGGAGAGAGAAAAUGGUUUCAGGACUUUUCUGUGGGUUUCACACAUGUGGUUUACGUAUUUGUAUGUGUUUGCUUGGUACAUUUAUGAACAUCUAUUUAUGUAUAUUUAUGAACGCGGGUGGCGCUGUGGUCUAAACCACAGAGCCUAAGGCUUGCUGAUCAGAAGGUCGGCGGUUCAAAUCCCCGCUGUGGUCUAAACCACAGAGCCUAAGGCUUGCUGAUCAGAAGGUCAGCGGUUCAAAUCCCCGCGACGGGGUGAGCUCCCAUUGCUGUCUGUGGUGUUGGUUGAGCGCUGCCUCAUUUAUCCUUGCAAAUUGCUACUUGAUACUGCAGUGAGUCAUCAAGUGAUGAAUACAGUGGUGCCUCGCAAGACGAAAUUAAUCCGUUCCGCGAGUCUCUUCGUCUUGCGGUUUUUUCGUCUUGCGAAGCACGGCUAUUAGCGGCUUAGCGGCUAUUAAUGGCUUAGCGGCUUAGCGGCUAUUAACGGCUUAGCGGCUUUAAGAAAAAGGAAACAAACUCGCAAGAACUCGCAAGACAUUUCGUCUUGCCAAGCAAGCCCAUAGGGAAAUUCGUCUUGCGGAACGACUCAAAAAACGGAAAACUCUUUCGUCUUGCGUGUUUUUCGUCUUGCGAGGCAUUCGUCUUGCGAGGUACCACUGUACCUAUGUGGGAACCAGCAGAAAUCACUAAGAAAGUAAAAUGGUAAUGACAGAGAAGCUAAAGGGAUGUUGAAUGCUCUGAGCUGGUUCUGUGCAGCUUCACAUCCCCUUUCCCAGUGCUCCUUUCUUUUUGGUUCUUUUGGACCACCCCUCUUCUGGUGAGGAAAUAUUUUAUUCUGUUUAAACAGGUCUCUCUGGAGCUCUUUAUAUAUCUAUAAUUGUAUAUAAUUGUAUAUAUCUAUAAUUUUCUAUUACAGAUUUUCAAAUUCAAAUCAAUAUAACCAUAAUCAUUUACUUUCCUUCCCCUCCUCCAUGGUUUGUUUUAGUUAUCCAUUACUAGUGCAUAUUCUAAUUACUCCAUAUAUUUUAUUUUAUCUCCUUUCUCAUUAAAUCUUCACUUAAUUAAACUGCUGAAUUUACUCUAACCCUGCUAACAUUUUAACUUGUUUACAAUAAUUAUUCAAAUCUUCUACAAACAUUUUCCAAUCUUCCUUAAAGGCUCCUUCUUCCUGUUCUCUUAUUCUGUUAGUUAAUUUUGCUAAUUCUGCAUACUCCAUCAGUUUCAUCUGCUAUUCCUCCUUUGUUGGUGGUUUUCUCUUCUUCCAUUUCUGAGCAUAUAUCAUUCGGGCUGCCAUGGCUGUGUAGAGAAACAAAUUCUCUCUGGAGCUCUUUGUUUGUUCCUGCCACUUACUUAGAAGCAAAAAUAACCAAGAGACUUGUGGCACCUUAAAUGCUAACCGAUUUAUUGUAGCAGAAGCUUUUACAGACUAGAGUCCAUGUCUCAGAAAACACAAAGUUCUAGUUACAGGUAGGUAGCUGUGUUGGUCUGCCAUAGUCGAAACAAAAUAAAAAAAAUAUUUCCAGUAGCACCUUAGAGACUACUCUAUGGGGCGAAUACAGGCUUUCGCUGAAGCUUGGAGUGUGCACCGACUCCUCUUGCUCUCCAGGCUUCAGGAAGCUAUCAGCAAGCUUGGGGAGCCCGCGGGAGGUCCCACAGGGCUCCCCACGCUGCGGAUAGCAGCCUGCCGCCCGGCGCGAGGGGCGCCCUGAAGCAGAGCGCCCCUCACGCACCUCGCGCCGGACAGACAUCGGCCGGCCCCAUAAGCUCGGGGGACAGCGGGGAGGCGGAGCGCUGCCAUACCGCUGUUCCCCAACCUGGUUCCCCGACCUGGUUUCCUUAGACCGGAAAACCUAACUUCUGUCAUCUAUGCUCUGGUGAUCUCUAGGUAAGAUUGCUGCAACACGUUAUACAUAGGGCUACCUGAGGAUGGUUUGGAAGCUUCAGCUGGUUCAGAAUUUGGUGUCCAGGUUGCUCACCAGAGCAUGAAAGGUUAAGCAUAUUACACCGAUCCUGGCCUGGCUGCACUGACUGCCGAUUAGUUUCUGGGCUCAAUUCAAAGUGCUGGUUUUGACCCAUAAAAUCUUAAAUGGCUCACAACUGCAAUACCUCAAGGACUGUCUCUUCCCAUGUGAACCAGUUCAGACCCUGUGAUCAUCAUCUAAGGCCUUCCUUCGUGUGCCUCCUCUAAGAGAGAUCUGGAGGGUGGCAACAUGAGAACAUGCCUUCUCUGUGGUGGCUCCCCGUUUGGGGAAUGCUAUCCCCAGGGAGCCUUGCCUGGUGCCCUCCUUCCAUAUCUUUAGGUACCGGGCAAAAACUUUUCUCUUUAAUCAGGCCUUUGGUUGAUUAACAUACUAUGUCCUUUUAAAUGUGUUUGUGGGAGGUGGGGUGAUUAGUUUGCUUUCUCAUUUUGUAUUUUUAUGUUUUGAACCACCCUGUGAUCUUCGGAUGAAGGGUGGUAUAUAAAUUUAAAAAAUAAAUUAAAAGGAUGGUAUAAUCAGUUGUGUGUUUCCAUUCCCCAAGGUGCUCUUGUUUUCGGGGAACCAAUCACUGCCAGCCUGGGGACAGACGGGACACAUUAUUGGAGCAAAAAUUGGGCCAAGGCUGCAGCAUUUGUGACCUCACCGCCUCUGAGUCUGGAUCCUACAACACCUGAUCAUUUGACCUCACUUUUAGCAUGGUAUUAAACUGCAACUGCUUGUAAACCACCAAUUCAGCCAAGGGAGUCCUUGAGCCUCUUGGAUGUGAGCUAAAGUACAGAAGUAAUAUGUAAUAACAGACAAGCAUUUUGAUGUGGUUUGAUUAUUGUCAGAUUUGUUCUUCUUUGUAAGGGAAUAGCAAAUACUGUAUUUAGCUCAGAGUGAAAUUAGACAUUAUGCAGGAGACAUGUGACAUCCCCACCACAGGGGGAGGAGUCUGCUUAGCCCUUUCCCUUCCUGACCUUUCCCUGUUGAGAAUUACCCCAGGCAGCUUACCCUCUUCCCCUUUGACAAGAAAAUCGGCUCGGAAAGGAUGGUUUUAAGUGACAGGAAGGAAAAGGAUGAAAUAGCCUCAUCCCCAUCCACUCAAACUGGCAGUCUUCUGUGACUGCUUUUCAGUACAAAUCAAUCAAUCAGUCCGUCAUCAGAUGGUUCACAGGCCUCCCAUGGAACAUCUAACUAGGUCCUUAGUGGGAUGAUUUUAUAGAGUGAGCUUUUAAAAAAAUAAUCUGUAAACAAAAUUGCUGUUCAGUUUCACUUUGGUUUGCCUUACUGCUGCUGUUACAGAGACCUGAAAAACACUAGGAAAGAUACUCAAAGAACAAUACUUUGGAAAAUAGUAUUGAUGUGAAUGUGGAAGCAGAGACAUGAGAGGUUAACAGAAUUGAAAAGCAGUAGUUAACCAUAGAAUAUACAUUCCUGAAUGAAUGUGUGGCACCAAUAGCUAAAAACACAAAUGGUAAGCAAUCCACAUCCUUGCCUCCAGGCUUUAAAAAUAUUUCUGUCUCCCCUCUAUGUUCCUUCAGUGGUGACCUGCAAGUGACUGGAAGUGCCCACUGUACCUAUAGCACAGCCCAGAAAGCGGUUGGAAAGGACAACUUCACUCUGAUUCCAGAAGGAGUAAAUGGAAUUGAAGAAAGAAUGACCGUGGUCUGGGAUAAGUGUGUGGUAAGCAAAGGCAACCGCUGCUUCACACCAGGUCCUGCCUUGUACUGCUCAGAGAUUUCCAAAUCUAACUCUUAGCUAGAUGGGGCUGGGGUCAGCGGGCCAACACCCAGGGCCUUUUAUUUGCACUCACACACCCUGAGGGGCCUCAGGGCACACAACUCCGCCAGCCUGGGCUGCUGUAAUGCUCUACUAUGAUGCUGGAACUGCAUUUAAAGGCAACCAGGAAACUUUGUUUUUGUACAAAGUGUGGCUGCCAAAAUGUUUAUGGGAGACAGAAGCUUUGCGCCACCACACAUCAGUGGCACUAGUUACCAGGGCUGUCUUAAGCAUAUGCGGUGCCGGGGUACAAAGAUCCACCCGGCGCCCCCCCCCCCAGGUUGCCCAGUCCCAGGCAUGCAGGAGGGUGGAUCCAGCCAGCCGGCCGCCUCAGCAUCUUGCUGGCUCAGUCACCCCUAAACUCGCGGCUUAGAGCUGCCCACAGCAGAAGAGCCUGCCGCGGCACUCCAGACCCUUUUCCGGACUCAACUCUCGGGCCCCGGACUCUUGGCCUGGCGCCCCUGAGAGCCUGGCACCUGGGUGCCCCGUACCCCUAGCGCCUAUGGGUAAGACGGCACUGCUAGUUACCAGUCUGCUUCUGGACUCAGUUAAAAUGCUGAUAUUAUCAUUAUUUCUUCUACUCCCAAUUCAAUUCUGUCGGUGCUGUCACUUGCAUUGCCAAAACAACGACACACACACACACACACACACACACACAGAAUCAGCAGGCUUGGGAUAAACCCAAGGUUUGCAGAAGUAUAAGGGGGCGGCAGCACUGGAUUUAGGGCAGCGUAACCAGUUCCCCCACACUGGGCACCGAGCCAAGGGGACGCCUUCCCAAAGCCCAGUAAACAUUUGGCUGGCUUUGGGAAUGGGGCAUAAGGGCUCUGGCAGGGUCCUAAAGCCAUCCCACCUCCUUUCCAAAGCUGGGAAAGCACUUGCUAGGCCCUGCCUGGAGCCACCACAAAAGGCCUUGUGGGCCACAUAUUGGACCACCCUGAUCUGAGCGAUUGUGGUGGAGCAUAGGGACUCAGGCAAUCCCAAAGGUACUUAGACCCCAGUUGUUGAAGUCAUCUGUGGGUCCUUUGCACCAAGUUCAUGCAUGUGGUGAGACCUGCCCGAAACGAGGUGCUGGGGACAGUGUCAAGUUCUCAGUGGUUUUCUCCCCUUGCCUCUGCAGCUUGGUUAGCCUAUUCUCUUGAUCACUGAGGCACAUUGUUCUUUUUUUCCCUUUGAAACCAAGCCUAUCUCAUUGCCCCUAUUCCCAAGUACUACUUGUAUGCCCCAUGAAUAUUGUGGCAGCUUAUGGAAGCUGAAUACUCACAUAGUCCCGAGAUCUUAAGUGAUGCUUCCUCCGUCUCCUCCCAGCAAUCUCUCUUGUAUCCAUCAGCACCAACAUCUCGCCCCUCCCCCACGCUUCAUCUCUGCUUAAAAGGGAUGCGGGUGGCACUGUGGUCUAAACCACUGAGUCUCUUGGACUUGCCGAUCAGAAGGUUGGCGGUUCAAAUCCCUGCGACGGGGUGAACUCCUGCUGCUCCCUCCCAGCUCCUGCUAACCUAGCAGUUUGAAAGCACACCAGUGCAAGUAGAUAAAUAGGUACUGCUGCAGCAGGAAGGUAAACGGCAUUUCUGUGUGCUCUGUCUUCUGUCACGGUGUCCCGUUGUGCCAGAAGUUGUUUUGUCCUGCUGGCCACAUGACCUGAAAAGCUGUCUGUGGACAAACACCAGCUCCCUUGGCCUGAAGUGAGAUGAGCACCGCACCCCAUAGUCGCCUUUGACUGGACUUAACCAUCCAGGGGUCCUUUGCCUUUAUCUUCCCUUACAAUCUCUACUUGCUCCACUCCUUGUUCUGGUGGCAGCCUCCUUCAGAGCUUAACAUCUUCGGUCAGCCUUCACUAACCUGGUGUGGUCCGGUUGUAUUGAGCUACAACUCACAUCAAUCUAGGCCACUGGCUAGGCUAGCUGGAGCUUAUGGCAGUUGUGCUCCAGAUUUAGUAGCAGGCACCAGGUUGGGGAAGGACAAAUAGCCCAGUCAACCCACCAGGUUCAUCAUCCUUUAUUCUAACAGGGCCAAAAAGUCAUUUUACCCACAACAGCCACUAUAACUAAGGAAAUCAACAGGCUUCUUCCACCUGCCAUGCAAUUUGUCUGGCAUUUUGCCCCUCUGAAUUCCAAGUCUCAACUGCUAGCUUCAUUUGCCAUCUGCUGGUAUGUUAAGAAUUAUUUUUUUUAACUCAGUUACCUUUUUAAAAAAAAUAAAUAAAUCCAUAACUAAUUCCAGGAAGAGCCACUAAAUCUAAUACCUGUCUACAUCCGCAUACAUAUUCCUGGUGGCUCUUAAUCUGCUGUAGGAAAGAAUACUGGUGAUUUCAUGUCAGAUCUUGUACAUUUGUGACUUAGAUGUUCUCUGAGUAAAAUUUUGUUGACCACCACCUUUAAUCUCUGUUGUAUGUACAUAUAUACCACUAUUCUUAAGAUAUGUUACUCAUGGAAAAUUUAUCUUAGUCUUCAGGUAAAAUGGAUGAAAACCAGUUUGUUGCCAUUACUAGUACCAAUGCAGCCAAAAUCUUUAACCUCUAUCCGCGAAAGGGUAGAAUCGCUGUGGGUUCGGAUGCUGACAUUGUGAUCUGGGACCCAGAGAAGGCGAAGACCAUCACAGCCAAAAGCCAUAAGUCGGUAAGAGGAAAAGCUCUUCAAUUUUUUUGAGAACUACUUAAGGCACUAUUGCUGCAGGCUGUCAAAAAAUACCCUCAACCACGGCAGCACAAUAUGUGCCCAAUUGCUCCUUACUGCAUGUGUGCGUCACCCAGUUGUGUCUAGAGAAUGGAUGCCAGUGCUGCCACCAUCAAAGAUACACAGGCAGCAGGGCCGGCCCACCUGUGAGGUGGGGUGAAGCACCCACCUUGGAUGACAGAAGCCCCCAAGGCAGCACCCCACUGGCAGAAAAGCGCCACCAGCUUCUGUGCCAAUUUCCGGUGAGACUUUGCCGAAACCUGCCAUCAUUGCUGCCACUUUGUGCCACCACACCGUGACGUUUUAAUGGUUUUGACUCCCUGACUAUUAAAGAAAAUUAACUAUCAUGUUUAACACCUUCUACAAUUUAAUGUAGUAUAAAUCAUUCAUGCCUAUCAGUAAAUGAGAAUUAACUGCAUGUUCUGGUCUCCCCCUUGCAGGCUGUUGAAUAUAAUAUAUUUGAAGGCAUGGAAUGUCACGGUGCUCCCCUCAUAGUCAUUAGCCAAGGGAAGAUUGUGUUUGAAGAUGGAAAUCUCCAUGUAAGUAAAGGAAUGGGCCGUUUCAUUCCCCGGAAGCCCUUCCCUGAAUACCUUUAUCAACGCAUCAAAAUUAGGAAUAAGGUAGGUUUGUAUAGAUAUCCAAACUUCUUGUUGCUAAUCAUUUCUAUAACAUGUUAUAAUGUACAGAUGCUUGAAUGUAUAUAUUUUUGUAGAACAAUGGGUCAUUUCAUCUGGCUGUUUCAGCCCGCCCAGGGAUGGCUGUGGGCAGGAUUCUUGCAUUACAGGGAACUGGACUAGAUGACCCUUGGAGUCUCUUCCAUCUCUUCAGUUCUGUAAUUCAGAGAGAGCAAUAUGCCUGAGGAAAUACGCAGUGGCUGUAUCAUUCCAGAGAUCCACUGCCCAGUUCCAAUCCAUUUUGAGACACGAGUUUUGCCAUUGUAAAGGUAAAGGGACCCCUGACCGUUAGGGACCCUCCAAGUGCCCUUAUUUUCCAGGGACAGUCCUGGAUUUACAGAAGCCGCCCCGCUUUCUGAUUUGAUCCUGAAAUGUCCUGCUUUUCCUUAGAGGUAAAGGGACCCCUGACCAUUAGGUCCAGUCAUGGCCGACUCUGGGGUUGCGGCGCUCAUCUCGCUUUAUUGGCCGAGCUUCCGGGUCACGUGGCCAGCAUGACUAAGCCGCUUCUGACGAACCAGAGCAGCACACAGAAACGCUGUUUACCUUCCCGCCGAAGCGGUACCUAUUUAUCUACUUGCACUUUGACGUGCUUUCGAACUGCUAGGUUGGCAGGAGCAGGGACCGAGCAACAGGAGCUCACCCCGUCACGGGGAUUCGAACUGCCAACCUUCUGAUCGGCAAGCCCUAGGCUCUGUGGUUUAACCCACAGAGCUACCCGCGUCCCAUUAUACAUGUGAAUAAAAGUUAAAUAAAAAAAUGAGAAUGCUGGCUGAAACUUUGUCAUUUUACAGGGAUGGGGGAAAUAUUGAAAAUGAUCCAUUGAUCAUUUGUGGGCCCUCAGGGAAUUUCAGGUUGGCAUACCCAGUGCCUGGCAUUAUCAAUCAAUCUUUAUUACGGUCCAGAGACCCAACAAAUCGUUACAAAGCAAUGCACAAUUCAGACAGCCUACCUCCAGGUUAAACAAGCAUUUUGUUCAGACUUAAAGAUAGGGAUCAUUGUUUCUUGCAAACACCGAUAAAAACUUUGCCACUGCUAAUGUUCUAGCGUUUGUCCAGUCUUCCAAUAGGAACCUGACAUAGUGAGCCUCUGAUUUUCCUGGGGAAGGUACCAGCAAGGGUAAUAUCAGUUCAGUCCUGGCUUGCUCAUAUUUCACACAAUGCAGCAAAUUAUGUUUUAUAGAAUUGAUGUCUUGAGCACACGAGCAAAGUCUGUCCUGGUAGGGAACUCCUCUCAACUUGCCAUCCAACACUGCAGACGGAAAGACGUUUAGUCUGGCUUUGGUGAAUAACCUUUGAUAAUUUGGUACUGUCAGGUAUUUAAUGUAAGGUGUUAACUUAAAGACAUGCCCAUAUUGUACUCCUACUGCCAGCGGACUACAGACUGCGUGUGAUCGAGAUCGCAAGUCACUGUGUGUAUUAUCCCAUAAUCUUUGCUUUAACAUCUUUUGGGCGCCUUCAUAACCCAGGUAAUACAGUUGGGGGGGGAGACAGACCAAUAGAGGUGGCUUUUUUUAGCCAUGAUUUUCUGCCAUUUGCUGACAAAUUCCUCAUUGGUCAGGUGUUGGUACAAACCCUUCCCUAGAUUAAACACUGAAAUCCUGAGCCAAUGUUUUAGGGCAGCCCACCACGCUUUAGUUGAAAUUGGGCAUUCACCAGCUUCUAACAGAAGUACGGAGUUGGGGACGCAGUUGGGUACCUGCAGCAGAGAUCGUAGAAAUUUUGCCUGAAAGCCAUCUAGCUUUGGCAGGCCCCAUUAUGCCAGACAUUUGUAGCAUACAGGAGUUGGUAAACGGGUUUUGCGUUGAAAACCCUUACGGCUGCUGGAACAUAUUUGCCGCCCUUUGUGAAAAAGAAUCUGAGUAUGGCUAGCUUUGUGAUCUCCGCCUUUUGAAGGGAGGUUUGCCAGUGGUGCUUCCAAGAUGUUGUAUGAUGGAAUGUGAGCCUUAGAUAACUGAAGUAUUUAAUCUGUUCAAGGUUAUGGCCAUCCAGCACCCAUUUAGACCGGGAGAAGCUUCUUUCGAAUACUAAAAUUUUAGAUUUUUCAUAAUUAAUGGAUAAACCAUUUCCAGAACAGUAAUCAGAAAACUUCCUCAGCAGAUAUUUAAAACCCGGGCUGGAAUGUGAGAUGAUGGCCGCGUCAUCCACAUAUAACAACAAGGGGGUCCUUCUCAUUCCUAUUUUUGGGAAAGUGCCCAUCUGGGUCCAUUAAGCUCUCUUCUAGGUCAUUUAAGAAUAGGCAAAACAGUGUGGGGGCCAAAAUGCAUCCCUGUCUCACCCCCCUAGUCAUCCCGAUACUGUUCGAUAACAGUCCCUGCCGACCGCAUCGGACCUGCAGUUUGGUUCCAUUGUACAGGGCUUUUAUAAGAAAGAGGAGUCGUUUGUCCUGCAAAAUCAGAUUUAAUUUGGACCAUAGCUGGGAUCUGGGGAUGGAAUCGAACACUGAUUUCAGAUCCAUGAAGGCCACGAAGAGUUUACCCUGUAGAGGCCUGGUGUACUUCUUGGCUAGGAAGGACAGCAUUAGACAGUGGUCUGAUGUUGAAUGGUUCUCACGAAAGGCUGCCUGGGCUUCAGAUAGUAUAUUAUGUUCAUUUAGAAAAAUUGUCAGUUUGCUACUGAGGAAUCGGGCAUACAGCUUCCCAAUUAUUGAAAGGAGGCUAAUUGGCCUAUAAUUGGAGGGUACGUUUGGGUGGCCUCUCUUAAAGAUUGGAACUACUAUAGCAUGUUUCCAGUUAUAUGGUACUUUGCCCGAGUUAUUUACUACCGUAAAAAGUUCUGCCAGAAGCGGAGCCCACCAGUGCUGGUUUGAUGUAAUCAAUUCCACUGGGAUAAAGUCUUUCCCCGGAGCCUUUCCACUCUUCAUAUUCCCAAUUAAUGUAUGGACUUCCUCCACAGUAACCAGCCUCCAAUGAGGGAGCAGUGACAAUUCUGACUGGCAUUAUUGUCAGUGCCCACUUUGUCUUCCCUUCUUAGCAGAAGAUGGAAGGAGCUUCUCUCUGUGACCAGUCACAGUGCCAGUAGGGGAGAGGGGCAGGCUUUCACCACUUUGUGGUCCUUUUUGAGAUGUGGCUUUUUGAGAUGUGUCAGCCAUUUUGUGACUAGUGCCCACUGCACCUUUUCAAAAUGCCAAAGGGGCCUUCUGGCCCAAUCAGGCUGGCAACCCUUUCUUAGAUUGCAUGGCACUUCACUUUUAGGUGCUUAGAAAAUACUAAAUCUUACGAUGUGCAAAUCUCCCCACUUUGGGAACAGAAGAUGGAAGUGAUGAUGGAGGAAGCAGGACUCAUCAACCUUGCUCUGUUGUAUACAUUUUUGCACUGAUCUUAUGUGUGAGACGGGUGGGUCAAAUGCCAGGCCACUGAAAUGUAAUUGCAUUUCUGUUUGUGAUAUGCAGGUAACAGAAUUGCAAGGUGUCUCCCGAGGAAUGUACGAUGGGCCAGUCUAUGAAGUUCCAGCAACACCAAAAUAUGCAACUCCUGCACCUUCCACUAAAUCGUCUCCUGCCAAAAACCAGCCUCCACCAAUCAGGAACCUCCAUCAAUCUAACUUUAGCUUAUCAGGUGUGACAAACUAUCAGUAUCAGCAACCUUUUUUUGGAAAACAGGGUCCACUGCAGAGAAUUGCUUAGUACAAUUGCUUAGUCCAUCCAUCAGUAAUUUAGUAAGGACCAGCAUUGAUGACUUACUGGCAGAAGGAGUUUUUCAGUGUAAGGGGAAGCCCAGAGGGAACUGCAGCCUUGUGAUGUGCGGUACAUGUCUCUCUGCAUUUUCAGUGCUACACCUGCAUUCUCAGGUCUGGAUAAAGGAUGCCCACUCCCAGAAGUCUUGUGUGCAGGUGUAGCUCAAAGACAACUGCACAGAGGAAUCCACAUUGGUUUUCUGUAGAUGGACCUGUGUUUCUACUAGCGCAGUCGGCAAAUACCCAUUAAGCUUGAUGAAAAGUUACAGCAGAGACUUAGGAUUCAGUGUCCAAUGAAAGUUUGAGCACUGUCGCUUCAGAGUGCCAUAUCCUAAACAUUAUGUUGCAUGGGUGUACUUUGUAAAAUCAGUAUUUGUGUGGGUCAGGCCUCAUUUUCAGUAUAAAAGGGCAAGAAGUUUAGCUCAUAUUAAGCAUUUGCAAUUACUUGUGCCAUUGAUUUCUGAGUAAAUGAAAGGCUGGAGAAGCUAUUAACUCUCACCUUGUUUCUGGAUUGCUGUUGCACAGGUGCUCAGGUAGAUGAUAACAACCCACGUCGCACUGGGCAUCGCAUUGUUGCGCCUCCUGGUGGUCGCUCCAAUAUUACUAGUCUUGGAUGAACUCAGAUGGAAACAGAAACCAAGAAUAAAGGCUCAUAGGAACAAUUAUUAUUUCCUUUCUAUGUCUGUGUUGUUGAUCCCACACUUUUAUUCGGUACUUGUGUGUGCGUGUGUGUGUGUGUGUGACAGGGAAUCUCUCCUCCUCCCCAAGAAAAGUGAAUAGAAAGAAGUCAUCAUUGUGUAGCGUGUUUGCUUGGAAUAAAUUGCCUCACAAUUGUGCUUUCAUACCUUUGCCACCUUUUAAAGCAUGGUGCUUCCAUUUCUCCAUUAGUGAUGGAUGCUUUUAGCUUUGUCUCGUAAUGACCUGAUAGUUCGUUUGCACCCCCCACCCGUUAGCCGUGCUAGAGUAGUUGAUGCAUGUUACUAAGUUAUUGAUGCAAGCUGCAGUUUGUGAGUGAGUCCACUUUAGAAAGAACACUUUGCCAAUAAUUACCACGAUGCCAAGGUAAGAAGAAAGACUGGUCAUUUUUAAAAUAUGCAGAAUAGGACAGGAGUCUUUCUUUUAAUGUUAUUUUUUAAUUUAUUAAAUCCCAAGAAACCUCAGUAGAGGAGGGCCUAGUGGCUCUGACCCACUUAGUACAUUCCAAGUCUGUGUCUUUGCUUUUAGAAAGAGCCAUAAUUUCCACAUUGUGACGCUGUUGCCAUUUUGUUCAGGGGAUUUCUACAACUGGCCAGUAGCGCUCACCUUUUGCAUGAAAUAUUUGGUACUUCUAAAGAAUUCAAUUUGCUGUUGGAUUUUUAAUGUUUUUGUACAAAGUUUUUUCUCCUUUAUAAAUCACGUUCAUUUUUACUUAUUAUAAUGUAUCAGAUCUACUAGUUGUGGUUCAUUUUUUUUGAAUUGAAGGCUUGUGAAAUAAAAGAAGAUGAAAUG